UCCUUCUGCAAGCGCUCACCGCGUGAUCCAGCAGCCUGUUUCUGGCAAGACUGGGUUGGUUUCUGAAUGAUGAUAUUCAGAAAAAAACAGGAACCGUGUGGAUAACUGACCGAGAGGGCCGCCUCUCAUUACACUGGAAGAAAACCCACACAGUCCAUCUACUGAUGGGUUGAUUUCUUGCAGCCAGUCGCUUUUUUAAAACAAACAAACAAACAAACAAACAAAAUCUAAGUAUUUUCUGUAUGAGGCACUUUGCAGAUUUUGCUCGGUAAUUCACUCGGAGGCGAUUGUCCUGAUGAAGUGUCGGCAGAGGGAGGAGGAAACCAAAGAGAGGAAGGAAGCGAGGAUAACGUCACGAGAAGCAGAAUCGGAGUAAAACCGGACUGAAUAGUGUUUAAUGGACAGUCCUUGAUGCGGGCCGGGGACCGAACUGUGGCGAAUUGUGUUUGUUUACGUCGUAUUGGACAAAUAUGUUUUUGUAGACUCGUCGGGCGUGAAAAGGGGCAGAGCAUUUCGGAGAGGAAACGGCGACGCAGCAGAUUUCAUCUUUUUCAGGAGCUCCUCUAAAGCAGAGAAAUGGAAAUGUGUGUAGCCCUCCUGCGUUUGCCUGUUUGCUGAAGGAUUUGGAAGCAGCCUCAUCGUGACAAACGGCGCUUUGAGUGGAUCUCCUCUGCAUCUCCUUUUUUUUUAAUGAGUGAAAAAGACAUAUAGUCAAAAUCUCCGCGGGAUUUUGGGGACGUUGCUUUCAGUUUUUUUUACGGCAGAAACAAAAGCAGCAAAAUCAUCGGGAGAAUUAACAGGAGCCACAGUGCCUCAGAUGACAGGAGAGCCAUAAAGAUGACUGUGUCUAAGCAUUAGCACAAGUUCUGACUUGAUACUCAACCUGUGACGGCUUGGACAAAUCCAAAAUGAGUGAGCUGGAGCAGCUUCGUCAGGAGGCAGAGCAGCUUAGGAACCAGAUAAGAGAUGCCAGGAAAGCAUGUGGAGAUUCAACCCUGACACAGAUAACUGCUGGUCUGGAUCCUGUGGGGCGGAUUCAGAUGCGGACGAGACGCACCCUCCGGGGCCAUCUCGCUAAGAUCUACGCCAUGCACUGGGGUACAGACUCAAGGCUUCUGGUUAGUGCCUCUCAAGAUGGAAAACUGAUUGUCUGGGACAGCUACACCACUAACAAGAUACACGCCAUCCCCCUGCGCUCCUCCUGGGUGAUGACCUGUGCAUACGCCCCCUCUGGGAACUACGUGGCCUGCGGAGGCCUCGACAACAUCUGCUCCAUCUACUGCUUAAAGACUCGCGAGGGCAACGUCAGGGUCAGCAGGGAACUACCUGGCCAUACAGGUUACCUGUCAUGUUGCCGUUUUAUUGAUGACAAUCAAAUCAUCACGAGUUCAGGAGACACCACAUGUGCACUGUGGGACAUUGAGACAAGUCAGCAGACCACGGUUUUCUCUGGCCACAGCGGCGACGUCAUGAGUCUUUCCCUGUCGCCUGACCUCCGCACCUUUGUGUCAGGAGCCUGCGACGCCUCGGUCAAACUGUGGGACAUCAGGGACAGCAUGUGCCGGCAGACCUUCACAGGCCACGAGUCAGACAUCAACGCCAUCUGUUUCUUUCCCAAUGGCAGCGCCUUCGCCACGGGCUCUGAUGACGCCACCUGCAGGCUGUUUGACCUGCGUGCAGACCAGGAGCUCAGCCUCUACUGCCAUGACAACAUCAUCUGUGGCAUCACCUCCGUGGCUUUCUCACGCUCCGGCCGUUUGCUGCUGGCUGGCUACGAUGACUUUAACUGCAACAUCUGGGACGCCAUGAAGGGAGACAGAGCAGGAGUCCUGGCCGGCCAUGACAAUCGUGUGAGCUGUCUGGGUGUGACGGAUGACGGCAUGGCGGUGUCCACCGGGUCCUGGGACAGCUUCCUUAAGAUCUGGAACUGAGCCACGCACAUAAACCACAAACAAACAUAUACACACACACACACACACACACACACACACACACACACACACACACACACACACACACACACACACACCCAACAGACACCGCUCCCACCUUGGGCCACAGUUUGCACCCUGUAUUCACUGUAUGUAAGAUUCAACAGACAAACUGCAACAUUGUACUGUACAUAAUAUAUAUGACUUAGGUAUGAGUUUACACACACACACAAACACAGUAUACAGGACAAAACGACACAAUCCCCGAACACAUGCCCACACCACCUACAGCUGAUUUAAGUGCACAGCAGCAAGGCUACAGUACCACCCACACACACACACACACACACACACACACACACACACUUAUGAUCUGUAAAAUGUAAAAAUGUGACCAAAUACAGUUGGGUCUUCAGCUGCUCGAAUAAAAACACAAAUUCCACUAUUACCUGAAGCCUUUUAACGCGUCUAACACGCACAUUUACACACACACAACACACACACACACACACUUUUUCCUGAGAGACACUGCUCCUCGAGUUAUACAGGGGAGAAGAUGUUAUUGGACAAUUCUGUCUUUGUUUACAAUGAAGUCCAAAAUGCACUUCAGACAAAUCUUUCUGUACUAUUUUUGUCUCGGUACCACACGUAUCUCAGUGAUGCUAAUGUGAAGGAAGAACGGCCGUGGAAGAGAAUCAUGUGAGUCCAUUAACACUGAAAAAAAAAUUACCACUGACAGACAGGAUGGGCCGACGAUCGACAGAGUCCAAGGAAAAUGUCAACUCUUAUUUUCAUCUGGCUCAAAACAUCAUGUAGUCGCUGUUUUUAUAGAUAUGUACCCCCACAUACAGUACAUCUGUUCUUAAGUUUUUGUUUUAUUCAUUUUUUUUUACACUUAUUUUAUUCAUGUUUUCCCUGUGUGCCUCAGAUACACUUUAAGGAUUAUUAAUAGAGAAUAUUCAUAAAAUUAUAAAUUAACAAAAAAAAAAAAAAAAAAAAAAAACAAUCUGAGAUUCAGAAGUUGGGUGACAAAUAAAAGCAUUAUAAGACACAUCUUAAUAAAGCAGGAGCCAGUAUUCAUACUUUGACUUUGUCAAUGUAUUAUCUGGACAUUACGAUGGUAUAAUUGUACAUAAUAAUAAAUUAUAGCCUCUCCUGCCA